AUGCGCGGUUGAAGAAACAAGCACAGAUACUCACAGAAUCUUUCUGAAAAAUCAUGCAGUUCUCUACCAUAGCGCUUAUCUGCGGAUUCGCCUGCCUCUCGGCGACGGUCUCUGCACUCCGGAUGACGCCGGGGCAGAUUGUGCAUAUGAAAGAAUUGAUCGGAAAGUGUUUCACGGAGUCCGGCGUUGAUCCUGAAAUAAUUGAAAGAUCAAAAAAAGGAGAGAAAAUCGAUGAUGAAAAACUUCACUGUUUCGGCGCUUGCAUGCUUCAAUCUAUGGGAGUCCUUGGCGACGAUGGGACGAUCUUCAAAGAGGCGGCUAUUGCAAAAAUACCGGAUAACUUUCCACGAGACCAGGCGAUCGCCGUAAUAAAUCUUUGCUCUGAAAAAAAAGGAGACAAUGCUUGUAAAACAGCCGGUUAUAUCCUCGAAUGUCUUUGGGAGAACAAGGCAAAGCCCCACCACGAUGACACGAAACCUCCGAUCUUGGGUGCCAUAGAUACUUGCUUGAAUAAACUUGGCCUAACUAAAGCCCAAGUAAAGGAACAGAUAAAAAAUCGUAGCAUUGAAAAAGAGGAUUGUUUCGGCGCCUGCAUCGAUAAGGAAUUGGGCGUAAUGACAGCGGAUGGAAAUAUCGACAAAGCGAAGGCAGCCGAGAAUCUUCCACGUUUCGUAUCGCCGGAAAAUGCUACAAUUAUAGCCGAAGCUUGCCACGAAGAGAAGGGAGAAAAUGAGUGCGAGACCAGCGCCUUGUAUCGCAAAUGCAUCAGGGAACACGUACCCCGUCCACCAUUGAAGCCAGAAAUGCAAAAGGUCCACGACGACUGUAAAGAAAAACUUUCCAUAACCGAGGAGGAUAUCGAUGAAUUAGAGAAGGUGAGGGACGAGGCGGAUGAAGACUGUUUUCUAGCUUGCAUCGGGGAGGGUAUCGGAUACCUUGAUGAGAACGGACACCCCCUCGUGGAAAAAGCUGUCGAGAGAGCACCGCAUUGGGCAAAAAAAGAAGACGUUGAAAAGUUCAUGAACGAAUGUGCUUCACAAGUUGCAGUUGGGGAUAACAAAUGCCAGAAUGCAGUUAAAUCAUACCAGUGCUUCGCAGGGCCGCACCACCCACAUGGCAAAUUGGGGAUGGAAAAGGAGAUCGAUGCUUGCUUAAAAGAGCUUGAAAUUACGAUGGACGAUGUAAGGGAAAGUAUAGAAAACGGCGAAGCUGACAAGGAGGAUUGUUUCGGUGCCUGUGUCGGCAAAAAGGUGGGCUUUGUCAACGAAGAAGGAGCGAUUGAUACGGAAGUCAUUUUAGCCAAGUACCCCCACCUUCCACGUUUCAUGCCAGCGAAAGAUCUUUUGCAAAUAAUCGAGACGUGCGCCGAAAAAAAGACAGAUAACGCGUGCGAGUUCAGCUCAAUCUUUAGGUUGUGUAUGGAGAACGCCACAGAGGAGGUGGAAAGGCCUUUCAGAAAAAUGAUGGAGGGAUGCAACGAACAGUUUGGUUUGCCAAACGGUCAUUUGAGAAACUUCCCGGGAUUCAAAGAAAAAACCAAGGAUGGCUGCUGGGCCGCCUGCGUUAUAAAAGUUUUUGAACUUGUGAACGAAGACGGCAGUUUGAACGUAGCUAAUUAUCUCGAAAAAUUUGACGCUAACAAUUUCUUCCCCAACGAUAACAAACAGUUCGAAGAGAUCGUUGAAAAAUGUGGAAAACUGACAGGUAAAGAUGCGUGCGAGACCGCCUCUAUGGUUGGCAAAUGUCUUUUCGAGAAUGGUGUGCACGGUGUUUUUCCAAUGUGAAUCCAGACUCGCCAUCGCCAUACCAUUUCUAAAAUAACCCGUUCUGUAUUUCGUGGUAAUCUCUAAGUUAUUGAAGUAUUAAUAAUGUUAUUUAGUAGAUAUAUAUCUAUGUUAGUAGUAUCAACUAACACGUUGUUAAUUCAUGAAUAAUAGGAUUCUUCUCGACUAGAAGUCUGGAGGGUUGCACAUAGUGUAAAAUUGUAAUUUUUGUAGUCAAUAUAUUUAGUGUUAUACGGAAAAUCUGAUUUGUUUGAAUAAAAUUCGACGGAAUUAUUGGUC